ACUCCACUAAGCCUAAGAGAUUUAAUCUCACUUCUUCUUCAUACACAAAUUUCAUCAAUUUCUCCUAAUUAACAGGCAGAAACAUGGGCGUCACCACCGUUACUGAGGAGAUCACCACCUCCAUCCCUCCAUCCAGGAUGUUCAAGGCUUUGAUCCUAGACUCCCACAUCCUCGUCCCCAAGCUCAUGCCUCAGGCCUUCAAGAGCAUUGAGUUUGUCCAGGGUGAGGGAGGUGUUGGCACCAUCAAGCAGACCAACUUUGCCGAAGGAGGUCACUACAAGUAUAUGAAACACAAAAUUGAAGCCCUUGAUGUGGAUAACUGCUAUUGCAAGUACUCUUUGAUUGAAGGUGAUAUGUUGGGUGAUUCCUUGGAAUCAAUUACUUAUGAGGUUAAGUUUGAGGCAGCUGGUGCAGGAAGUAUGUGCAAGAUGACUAGCCACUACCACACCAAGGGUGACCUUGCCCUUAAGGAAGAGGAGAUCAAGGCUGGCAAAGACAAGGCCUCCGGGAUGUACAAGCUUGUGGAGGAAUACCUCGUUGCCAACCCUGAUGUUUAUGGUUAAAUUAAUCAUCCAUGGCUUCUUAUCAAGGUGUGAUCUAUAUGUGUGGUAAAAUUGCAUACUUGUAAUAAGGUCUCUCCAGCUAUACAUGACUACCGGGAGAACUUUUGAUAAGAGAACAUUUUUUUCCUUUUAUUUGUGUAUUGAAAUAUUAAGAUAUGAUAAAGAGUUUGGGUGUUU